GCCUGUCCCGGCCGCGCCGCUCGCUCCGCGCCUUCGCCAUGGCCUUCGCCACCCGCCAGUUCGUGCGCGCCGCCUCCUCCGACGCCGCCACGGCGGCCGCCAAGAAGUUGCUCAUCAAGCAUGUCACGAUCAUCGGCGGCGGCCUCAUGGGCGCCGGCAUCGCCCAGGUUGCAGCAGCCAGUGGUCACACUGUGGUAUUAGUUGACCAGUCAGAUGAAAUCCUUAAAAAGUCUACAAAAGGAAUUGAAGAGAGUUUGAAGAGAGUGAUAAAGAAGAAGUUUGCAGAUAAGCCUGAGGCUGGUGCUGAGUUCAUUCAGAAGACCUUGAAGAACCUCACAACAAGCACAGAUGCAGCAUCAGUGGUCCACAGCACGGAUUUGGUGAUAGAAGCCAUUGUGGAGAACCUGGAAGUUAAAAAUAAACUCUUCCAGACACUGGAUAAGUUUGCUCCAGAGCAUACGAUAUUUGCAAGCAACACUUCAUCCUUGCAAAUCACAAAGAUGGCAAAUGCAACCACCAGGCAGGACCGAUUUGGUGGUCUCCAUUUCUUCAAUCCUGUGCCCAUGAUGAAGCUUGUGGAGGUCAUCAAGACUCCAAUGACCAGCCAAAAGACUUUUGAAUCACUUGUGGAUUUCAGUAAAGCAGUAGGAAAGAGUCCUGUCAGUUGUAAGGACACUCCAGGGUUUAUUGUAAACCGUCUCCUGGUGCCAUAUAUGAUGGAAGCUGUUCGUCUUUUUGAGAGAGGAGAUGCAUCAAAGGAAGAUAUUGAUGUUGCUAUGAAGCUUGGGGCUGGCUAUCCCAUGGGUCCAUUUGAACUGCUGGACUAUGUUGGGUUGGAUACCAGUAAAUACAUUAUAGAUGGGUGGCAUUCAUUAGAGCCCAACAAUCCUCUUUUUGCACCCAGCCCACUCCUGAAUAAACUGGUAGAAGAAAAGAAGCUGGGUAAAAAGACUGGAGAAGGAUUUUACAAAUACAAAUGAACUCCAGACCUGAAGAGGUGUUAAGCAAUCUGUAUACGCUAUUCAGCAUUGCCAUAAUCCAGGUGUUUAAACCUUCCCAAGGGUGGCACAAGCUGCAUUUAGAACAUAACUCACUUGUGAACUGAGUGAUUGCACUAGUUAACUAUGGUCAAAGCUUGAUUUGGUAGAUUGUUUUUUUCUUGUAAUUCCAAAAAAUCUUUCAAUGUACAGUGCCUUCAUGAAAUGUUGAUUUUUCUCAGGUGCAGUACAGAAUGACAAGUGAAUUUAUGUAUUUGAAACGUUAUUAUAUUGAUGGAGAAAAUCCUAAAAAUAACCUCAUUUUCUUAAAAAUAAAACUUUCAACAAUUUUGUAUUGAG